UCAGCACAGAGUCUGUUUUCCUCUGAGAGAUCGAGGGAAGAGAUGGGAGCAACCUGCUCCUACACCUCCACAGGAGAAAUCUGCUGCUGCUGUUUCUUUCAGGCAGAAAUUAGGAGAACAUCAGCAGUGGGGUCUCCUCAGAGCCUCAUAGAUCUAACCAGAGGUUGAGCCAAAUUCCCCACUGAGGAAGCCGUGGCACUGGAGAUGAGUGUUGAUAUCCUCUGACAGCCUGGCUCUGACUCUUUUAAUGCCAUUGCAGAGAAGUUGCAGCCCGUUAUUUCCCAAACUCAACUCCUGUCAUUUCUUGCAGAGUUUCAAAAUUGUCUCCAGUUACCUAGAAACCUGUGUAAGAAGACGUAAAUGUUCUGGGUUAAAGCAAGGCAAGGGGUGCAGGCAGAAAUCACAGAGCUCUCCCUGGGUCAGGAGCCAACAUUGCAGAUGAGCUUUGAAGAGAGCAGCCAGGCUUUGGGCACAGCAGGGCAGCAAAGGCACCCUGGCACCUGGGCUCUCUCAUGCCUUGUCUCACUCUUCUCCCCUCCUGAAACCCCCUUGAGAAGGAUGGCAGCCUCSUCUUUCCGCUACGGCAUGACCAUCACGGGCGCCGUGCUGCUGGUGACGGGGACGCUGUGUUUUGCCUGGUGGAGCGAUGGCGAGGUGGGCUCGGGCAGUGCUCGCCUCCUUCCUCCCCGGGAAGCCGAGGCUGUGCCCAGCUCCUCCUCCUCCUCCUCCAGCGCCCUGCUCCGCUCCGUCAGCUUCUUCUGCUGCGGUAUCGGCGGCAUCCUCCUCAUCUUCGGGCUGCUCUGGUCGGUCAAAGCCAACGCCAGGGUGGUGUCCCGGCGCUACCAGUACCAUUUCCCCAGGGAUCUGCAGUACUUCACGGCGGAGCCUCCGGAGAAGUGGAAUUGCAGCAGCUGGGAYGCCAGCGCCAUCCCCACCUACGAAGAAGCGCUGACCUGCAGACCCGCCCACGGCGCCCCGGCCUACGUGCAUCCUCCCGGGAGGAAGGAGGAGCUGACGCCGCCCCUGUACCGCUACCUGGAGGAGGACGAGAGCUGGCAGGGCGGCCGGCGGCGCAGCUCCUCCGACAGCGCUUUGUUCCGCCCCAGCCCGUCCUGGCUGGACUCGCCGCACCCCGAGGAGCCGCAGGCGACGCCUCCCCCGAGCUACGAGAACAUCAGCGUGCGAGGGGUGUGAGCUGGGCAUCCCGGGACUCUGUGCGUGCCUGCCCGCUCCCUCGGCUUUAAACUGAGCCUGUUCCAGUGCGGGGGUGGGCGAGGAGCAGCGGGAAGGGUCAGCCUGGCUUUGCCGGCUUUCCGAGCCGUGGGUCUGGCGCUGUUGGGAUCGUGGGUCCCGCAGGUGAUUGCGCUCAGAGCGUCGGGGGUAACCGGCAUGUUGGAAAGCUUUCUUAUUUUUAAUAAAACCACUGCUGAGUUCAGAGGCUUUGCAUUCCCUGCUCCGACCCCCAGGCCAGGGCUGCGCACUCAGUGAGAAAAGCUGCAGUAAAGGCCGAGGGAUGCG